UAGCGAAGAGGUUCCAACUUUUUGCUGAUCACGCUCGCACUACAAGUGCGAAUCCAGUUAUUUACUCGUUUGCUUACGUAAGAACACACGCGUCAUGGCAGCCAAGGAACCAUCGGCGGCGGUCAAGUUUUAUCUAAUUUUCUACAAUGCCGCACAAGUGUUAGGCUGGUCGUAUAUGCUAUACCAGCUUAUAGCGUACUACACCGUCGAUAAAGGCACCGACAAAACGCUCUGGGAGUAUCUAGGCGCGACUGUAAUUCUGUUCCAAAAUGCAGCCGUGCUUGAGAUCGUGCACGCUUUCACCCGUAUCGUGCCCAGCAACCCUGUCCUCACUACGUUCCAAGUGUUGUCACGCGUGAUGGUAGUUUGCGGCGUUGUCAUGGCAACGCCAACAGGAAAAGUUUCUCCCGGUUUGCCGCUUGCCAUCCUGGCGUGGUCGAUCACCGAAAUCAUCCGGUACGGCUACUAUGCGCUCAAUCUCGUCGAUGCUGUGCCGCAGCUGCUUAUUUUCCUGCGCUACACUACCUUCAUCGCGCUCUAUCCGACUGGCGUGACCGGUGAGCUACUGUGCUUCUACUGGGCCCAGUCGCAUGUGGCCGAAACGAAGCAGUGGAGUAUCGAGAUGCCGAACAAGUACAACUUUACCUUCUCGUACCUUUACUUCCUGUGGCUGGUGAUGCUGCUGUACAUUCCACUCUUCCCACAACUCUAUCUUCACAUGUUUGCUCAGCGUAAAAAGAUUCUUCAGACACCGGCCAGUUCCGGCACCAAGCAGAAAGCCAAGUGACUAGCGGCGUUCGGAUUUCCCGUUUGAUUCGAAUUAAUCAUAGGUGCAAGCGACCAGUUUGUUUUGUUUCAGGGCUGACUAUAGACUGAGAACUAGAGAUAAUUUUCCAACGAAACAUGGUUUACUAUUAACGGUUUAAUUUAUUGCUAAGCGCAACGUGGUGAAAGUUUUCUUUCCUUUCUUUAUAAUCUUUUAAAAGAGUGCAUUUGUGGAUUGGGUUGUUGAAGGAAUAAAAACAGCAAAAUUUAUUUA